AUGUUAAUUCUUUUUCUGUUCGGGAUCAUUUUGGGUCAGGCAGCAUCCUUGAAGGUGUCAAUGAAAACUCACUGGAGUGGUGGCGUUACUGGAAGCUUCUGUAUUCCGAUUACUCAAGAUCUACAUGGGUGGAAAGCUCACUUAAUAUUUGACCACGUUAUUAACAAAUUAGACGUAAGUACAUGUAUAGCAGAGAAAAAACAAGGUGGUAAAGAAUUCGUAUUAACAAAUAAACCAUUCAAUAAAGAAGAACAUGUAGGUGAUAAACUAUGUGUAGAUUUUGUUGGUCACACAGAUUCUGAUAUUAAUCCUACAGCUACAGUAUCUAUCGAAGGAAUGGAUGGUAGUGGUUCUAGCUUCUCACAUACUACCGCUUUGUAUUUUACAAUGGAAUUCUUUUCGCCAGGUGGUGACCGAGGAUUGUACGAUUAUUCCAAACCACUUGCCAACUCAAUUUUAUUCUACAACGCUCAAAGGUCUGGUAAAUUACCAGCUAACAACCCUAUAAAAUGGCGAGGUGAUUCGGCUUUAAAAGAUGGUAGUGAUGUAGGUGUAGAUCUUACUGGUGGAUGGUAUGAUGCUGGUGAUCACGUGAAAUUCGGCUUACCAAUGGCCGCUACAGCUCAUUUGUUAUUGUGGAGUUAUAUACAAUGGCCGGAUGCGUAUUCAUCAACCUCACUGACUGAUAAAUUCUUUGAUAUGAUCAAAUGGCCUUUAGACUACUUCCUGAAAUGCUGGAUUCCAAGCAAGAACGAGUUUUAUAUGCAGGUUGGCAAUGGAGACGAUGACCACCAUUUCUGGGGUCGAGCAGAGGAUAUGAAAAUGGCCAGACCAUCUCUUAAAAAUACAGCAAGUAAACCAGGAAGUGACGUAGCAGGGGAAACAGCCGCCGCCAUGGCUGCAGGAUCAAUUGCUUUUAAGAAACGAGAUCAUGCAUAUUCUACUAAACUUCUCACUGCUGCCAAAUCUUUGUAUGUUUUCGCCAAGACAUAUACAGGAAAAUAUUCUCAAAGUGUGCAAGGAGCUGGUCAAUUCUAUUCUUCAAGUGGUUAUACUGAUGAACUCUGUGAAGCUGCCAUUUGGUUAUAUAGAGCUACUAAAGACCAAAAAUACCUUAACGAUGCUAAAGGUUUUGUUGAAACUGCUUGGGCUUGGGCUCUUUCCUGGGAUGAUAAGAAGGUUGCCUGUCAGUUAAUGUUGUAUCAAGAAACACAAGACGAUAUGGCUGGUAAAGCUGUGAUUGGUUUCAUGAAGAGUUGGUUACCGGGUGGUGGUAUAACCUAUACACCAUGUGGUUUAGCUUGGAGAGAUCAGUGGGGAUCCACCAGAUACGCUGCAAACACUGCUUUCUUGGCUCUGAUGGCUGCUGACGCUGGUUUAGAGGCUACAAAAUACAGAAAAUGGGCUCAGAGUCAAAUAAACUACAUUCUUGGUCAAAAUAAACAGUGCUUCAGCUACGUUAUUGGAUUUGGAAAGAAAUUCCCGAGAAACCCUCACCAUAGAUCAGCAUCCUGUCCAAUGAUUCCUGCGCCGUGUUCAGAAGCUAAUCUACAUUCCUCUGGUCCCAGUCCACACAUUUUGGUGGGUGCGUUGGUUGGUGGUCCAGAUGCUAAAGGCGCUUAUACUGAUAAACGUGAAGAUUAUGUUCAUAAUGAAGUUGCCUGUGACUAUAACUCUGGCUUCCACUCAGCACUAGCAGGUCUUAUUCACCUAACUCAUACUAAAUCCUUACCAAGAGCAGAUACACCAAAAUGUCCCUGUUCAGUUCAUUAA